AUGAGCGACGAAGUAUACGAGGGUGCCAUUGGCAUCGAUCUUGGCACGACCUACUCUUGCGUCGCCAACUACGAGGGCACCAAUGUCGAGAUCAUUGCCAACGAGCAGGGUUCCUUCACCACCCCCUCCUUCGUCUCGUUCACGAGCGAGGAGCGUCUGAUUGGUGAGGCGGCCAAGAACCAGGCUGCUAUGAACCCGGAGAACACCGUCUUCGAUGUCAAGUACGUCUUGGAAUAUUCGCUGGCCGAUUGGCAGCGUUUGAUCGGUCGCCGAUUCGAGGACGAGACCGUCACCAAGGACAUCAAGUCAUGGCCCUUCAAGGUCAUCGACCAGGGCGGCAGCCCCAUGAUCGAGGUUGACUACCUCGGUGAGAAGAAGCAGUUCUCCGCCCAGGAGAUCUCCGCCAUGGUCCUCGUCAAGAUGAAGGAGGUUGCUGAGGUCAAGCUCGGCAUGAAGGUCGAGAAGGCCGUCAUCACCGUGCCCGCCUACUUCAACGACAACCAGCGUCAAGCCACCAAGGACGCCGGUGCCAUUGCUGGCCUCAACGUUCUCCGUAUCAUCAACGAGCCUACCGCCGCUGCUAUCGCUUACGGUCUCGGUUCCGGAAAGUCCGAGAAGGAGAGGAACGUCCUCAUCUACGAUCUCGGUGGUGGUACUUUCGAUGUGUCUCUUCUUCACAUUCAGGGUGGUGUCUUCACUGUCAAGGCCACCGCUGGUGACACACAUUUGGGAGGUCAGGACUUCGACACCAACCUCCUCGACCACUUCAAGAAGGAGUUCACAAAGAAGACGAAGAAGGACAUCAGCGGCGAUGCCCGUGCCCUUCGUCGUCUCCGAACUGCUUGCGAGCGUGCCAAGCGUACCCUCUCCAACGCAACCCAGACCACUGUUGAGAUCGACUCGCUGUUCGACGGUGAGGACUUCAACGCCAACAUAACCCGUGCUCGUUUCGAGGACUUGAACCAGAAGGCUUUCGCCGGCACUCUUGACCCUGUUGCUCAGGUUCUCAAGGACGCCAACAUCGCCAAGGAGAAGGUUGACGAGAUCGUUCUCGUUGGUGGUUCCACCCGUAUCCCCAAGAUCCAGAAGCUCCUCAGCGACUUCUUCGGUGGCAAGAAGCUCGAGAAGAGCAUCAACCCCGACGAGGCUGUUGCCUACGGUGCCGCCGUCCAGGCCGGUAUCCUCUCCGGAAAGGCCACUUCUGCCGAGACCGCCGACCUCCUCCUUCUCGAUGUCGUUCCCCUCUCUCUCGGUGUCGCCAUGGAGGGCAACAUCUUUGCUCCCGUUGUUCCCCGUGGACAGACUGUUCCUACCAUCAAGAAGCGCACAUUUACUACGGUUGCUGACAACCAGCAAACCGUCCAGUUCCCCGUCUUCCAGGGUGAGCGUGUCAACUGCGAGGACAACACCUCCCUCGGAGAGUUCACUCUUGCUCCUAUCCCACCUAUGCGCGCUGGUGACGCCGUUCUCGAGGUUGUCUUCGAGGUCGAUGUCAACGGUAUCCUGAAGGUCACCGCGACCGAGAAGACCUCUGGCCGCAGCGCCAACAUCACCAUCUCCAACGCCGUCGGCAAGCUCUCAUCGACUGAGAUUGAGAACAUGAUCAACGACGCUCAGAAGUUCAAGACCAGCGACGAGGCCUUCAGCAAGAAGUUCGAGGGCAGGCAACAGCUUGAGUCCUACAUCUCCCGUGUCGAGGAGAUGGUCUCGGACCCCACCACCUCCAUCCGCCUCAAGCGUGGCCAGAAGGAGAAGAUUGAGUCUGCUCUCUCUGACGCCAUGGCUCAGCUCGAGAUCGAGGAUGCUCCCGCUGAGGACCUGAAGAAGAAGGAGCUUGCGCUGAAGCGCGUCGUCACCAAGGCUUUCUCUACCCGAUAA